CAGUGCUACGAUUACCAAUUCGAUUGUUGACGUUUAUUGGACAAGGGGGACGGCAAUUAAAGGGAAUUUCGGUCAAUAAUAAGUAUUUCUCUUACGGCAAUUGCAAGAUGAGUAAAAGGGCAUUGGUUAUUUUAGCACCUGGUGCCGAGGAAAUGGAGUUCACCAUUGCCGCCGACGUACUGCGUCGUGCGGGAAUCAAUGUGACGGUGGCCGGAUUAAACGGCUGUGAACCCGUUAAAUGUUCCCGCGACGUUGUCAUUGUGCCGGACAAAUCGCUGGAACAGGCAAUUGACCAACCUUACGAUGUUGUUGUGCUGCCCGGCGGAUUGGGCGGCUCGAAUGCAAUGUGCGAAUCGAAGGCGAUUGGGGAACUGUUGCGUACCCAGGAAUCAUCCGGACGUCUCAUUGCGGCCAUUUGUGCUGCUCCAACGGCGCUGGCCAAGCAUGGAAUCGCCACUGGCAAAUCCCUAACCUCAUACCCGGCCAUGAAGCCCCAACUAGUUGAUAAAUAUUGUUAUGUGGAUGAUAAGAACGUUGUUCAGGACGGAAAUCUUAUAACCAGCCGUGGUCCAGGCACAGCCUUUGAGUUCGCUUUGAAGAUUUCCGAGCAGUUGGCGGGCGUUGAGAAGGCCCAGGAAGUGGCCAAAGGCAUGCUCCUAACCUUCAACUAAACUUCCUUCUCAUUCUUAUUUAAAACAUGCAAAAGUUGUAUAAUAGUGAAAUAAAUACAUGUAAUAUAAAAACCCUU